AAAGACAUUGACGCCGUCGAAAACCACCUUCAUCAAGCAUAUACCUAUACCUCCUCAAGAUUCACAUUCAAUGGAGGAGAGAUAGCCAUGUCUUCCACGACACUGUAUUUACUACUGCCACAGCUACUAUAAUAAAGUCCUAACCCCUCAAUCUAAUAUCCUUUCAUCCCCUUUUCUUCCUUUUCCUCCAUCCGCCGUCCCCUACAACAACUACUGCAACCACCCCCCGGGCUGUCUUCUGCUUUGUCCGAGCGUCGGUCCAACCGGCAAUCUGCUGAUCGCCGGGUAAAUAUGGUUCAACGAACAUUGUUUGCCCAAUUAACCAUCUUCUUCUUGCUGUAUCUGGUCUUAAUCCCUUCUCCUUCACUCUCCUUUCCUUUCAAUAAAAAGCAACACAAGAUUGAUGGACCCAUUAAGACCGUCGUCAUUUUGGUCAUGGAGAACCGCUCCUUCGACCACGUUUUGGGUUGGCUGAAGAAGGCCCGCCCCGAUAUUGAUGGCCUCACUGGCUCCGAGUUCAACCACCUCAACGCCUCCGACCCCACUUCUGCUAAGUAUUACGUCACCGACAACGCCGUUUUUGUCGAUUCUGACCCCGGUCACUCCAUUCAAGCCAUCCGGGAACAAAUAUUCGGGUGCAACGAUUCGUCGGCCAACCCGGCACCCAUGAACGGGUUCGUUCAGCAAGCUGAGAGCAUGGGCGUUGAGGGGAUGUCGCGAACCGUCAUGAGCGGGUUUAAACCGGAGCUCGUGCCGGUUUAUGCCGAGUUAGCAAACGAGUUCGCGGUGUUGGACCGCUGGUUUGCGUCGGUACCCGCGUCAACUCAGCCGAAUCGGUUCUACGUUCACUCAGCCACCUCCCACGGAGCAUCGAGUAACGUAAGGAAGGAUUUAAUUCAUGGGUUUCCACAAAAAACAAUUUUUGAUUCGUUGGACGAAAAUGACCUCACGUUUGGGAUUUAUUACCAGAACAUCCCAGCUACACUCUUCUUCAAGAGCUUGAGAAAGCUCAAACAUAUAUUUAAGUUUCAUUAUUACGGAUUAAAGUUUAAGUGGCACGCCAGAUUAGGGAAGCUUCCGAAUUACGUGGUGAUUGAGCAGAGAUACUUUGAUGUUAACCUAGUGCCGGCUAACGAUGAUCAUCCGUCGCAUGACGUGGCAGUGGGGCAGAAAUUUGUUAAGGAGGUAUACGAGACCUUGAGGGCUAGUCCUCAGUGGAAAGAAAUGGCAUUGUUGAUUACUUAUGAUGAGCAUGGCGGGUUUUAUGAUCAUGUGCCCACCCCUGUUAAAGGGGUGCCUAAUCCUGAUGGGAUUAUUGGGCCGGACCCCUAUUAUUUUGCGUUUGAUCGAUUGGGUGUUCGCGUGCCUACACUGUUGAUCUCGCCCUGGAUUGAUAAGGGAACUGUAAUACACGAGCCCAACGGUCCAACUCCACAGUCACAGUUCGAACACUCAUCUAUUCCUGCUACCGUAAAGAAACUUUUCAACUUAAAAUCAAACUUCUUGACUAAAAGGGAUGCAUGGGCUGGAACUUUUGAAAAUGCCUUCAAGCUCCGUGAGACUCCACGUGAUGAUUGUCCAGAGAAACUCCCAGAGGUAAUGCAGAGUUUGAGGCCACGGGGUCCAAGGGAAGAUGUUGAACUCUCUGAAUUUCAACUCGAGUUGAUCCAGCUUGCAUCACAGCUCAAUGGAGAUCAUGUACUGAACGCAUACCCAGAUAUUGGAAAAAGCAUGACCGUUGGUGAAGCAAAUAGGUACGCCGAGGAUGCAGUUGAGAGGUUCCUGGAAGCUGGAAGGGCUGCUCUGAGAGCUGGCGCAAAUGAAUCGGCCAUUGUCAUCAUGAAGCCGUCCCUCACCACCAGAACUGCCGCUGAAGACGCUCGUUACCUGGAAACUUUCUAAUUGGCCCUGUGCUGUCUAUACAUAUUUAAAUUGAUGUAUCAUAUGUAUAUAUUAAGUAGUAUUACAUUCGGAAUUCGUCACGCACGGCAAAUUCACCCUAUUAAGCAAAUCGCGCCGUUUAAUAUUGCAAUAUAUAGGAGACGUAUAGGAAUCUCAGGACUUGCAAUUGAACGAGUAGUGCAAAUAGUUGCUGAAAUAAAUCAUUCCACUUUCAAUAA